CUGAUAUUACACACCAUAGCGAAAAAGGAAGACUUUAGUGUAAAAUAUUUGAAAAAAUAUCGUCAAACAGAAAGAGGAAAUGUUAUCAAAUGGAAAAAGAUUCAGAUUACAGAAUUUUGCUUGUUGGACGUACGGGGCAUGGUUAAAGUUCAUCUGGUAAUUCGAUAGCUGGGAAAGAUGUAUUUCAAGUAUCUGGAUCCUCAAGAUCAACGACAAAGACUUGUCAGUGGUCAAAGAACGUUUGGUGAUGGAAACUGUAUUUCAAACACUUAUUUCUCUUUCAAUGAAAGCUGAUAAAUUCUAAUUCGUCAUGUGUGAAAUAUCCGAAGAGAGAACGUAUUACAUUAGAACUAGUCUUAUGUACACAGACCUGACAAGAGAGGUGUUAUUUAAAGUGUUCAAAUUCUUGAUAAAGAGUGAAGACAUCACAGGCUUUAUCACAUCUCAAGAGCAGCAAAAUAUAUUGAGGGAACAAUUGCAAAAAAAUGUCAUAAACAAGUCUGACUUUAAUCUUGUAUCUGGUCAAAUUUUAAAUCUAGAGAGAUUCGAUAUUUCUCUUUUGAUAAGACUAAUACUGAAUUUGUGUAAAGACAAGAUACCUAAACCACAGCGCGGCUGGGAAACUAAACUAGACCCGAAAGACGAAAGUCUUGGUGCUGAUCUUCUUCGAUUGAGAGAUGUCAGAAAUAAGAUUAUAGGUCAUCGAUCAGAUGCCAAAUUGUCGGAGGCAGAAUAUGAAAAGACGUGGGCAAAAAUCAAAGCUAUCUUAUUGCGAGUGGUUGAACUAGUUGAUUCAAAGUCGAGUGAAAACUUUGAACAAAGAAUAGAUGAAUACAAACGCCUUAAUGUAGAUACAGAGAAUGCUGAAGUUAAGAGGUUACUGGAUGAGUUGCUUAACUACAAAAGGGAAUAUGAUCACCUUCAAGAAAAGGUUGAAGAAAUUGAGUAG